CCACCGGCACACACACGCCCAGACUCUGGCCAGAGCUGCACUUGGUGUCAGUGGCCCGGCUCCUGCGUCCGAUCCUGCUGUCGUGCAGCCUCAGCACCUGUCGGUCGGUGUGUCUCGGAGCCGGUACCCCUGACUCCAUCCGGGCCAGGGAAGGCCAUGGUUUCCCUGCCCGGGUCCCCCGCGACCAACUUACUGCAGUUUUUGUUCCUGGGGCUGACUACUCUUGCGUCCCCCUCGCGGGCCCAGUUGGAGCUGCACGUCCCCGCCGGCCUCACCAAGUUGCAGGCAGUAGAGGGAGCGGAAGUGGUGCUCCCGGCCUGGUACACCCUGCAAGGGGAGGUGUCUUCAACCAAGCCCAAGCCGUGGGAGGUGCUCACCGUGAUGUGGUUCAUAAAGGAAGGGAAUGGUCUGAACCAGGUGUUGUCAUACAUCGGUGGAGCCACAUCCAGCAAGCCUGGCGUGUCCCUGGUCUACUCCAUGCCCUCCCGGAAUGUGUCACUGCGGCUGCAGGGCCUCCAGGAGAAAGACUCUGGGUCCUACCUCUGUUCUGUGAACGUGCAGGACAGCCAAGGCACUGACAGAGGUCACAGCACCAAUACUUUAGAACUCAAUGUGCUGGUGCCUCCAGCUCCUCCAUCCUGCCACCUCCAGGGUGUGCCCCGUGUGGGGACCAAUGUGACCCUGAGCUGCCAGUCCCCAAGGAGUAAGCCCACUGCCCAGUACCAGUGGGUGCGGUCACCCCCAUCCUCCCAGGUGUUCUUUGCACCAGUUCUAGAUGCUAUCCAUGGGUCUUUAAGCCUUAAAAACCUUUCUACUUCCAUGUCUGGAGUGUAUAUCUGCAAGGCCCACAAUGAGGUGGGCAGUGCCCAGUGCAAUGUGACCCUGGAAGUGAGCACAGGCCCUGGGGCUACAGUGGUUGCUGGAGCUGUUGUGGGUACCCUGGUUGGACUGGGGCUGCUGGCUGGGUCAGUCCUCUUGUACCACCACCGUGUCAAGGCCCUAGAGGAGCCGGCGAAUGAUAUCAAGGAGGACGCCAUCGCUCCCCGGACCCUACCCUGGCCCAAGGGCUCAGACACAAUCUCCAAAAAUGGAACCCUUUCCUCUGUUACUUCGGCGCGAGCCCUCCGGCCACCCCAAGGCCCUUCCAGGCCUGGUGCACUGACCCCCACAUCCAGCCUCUCCAGUCAGGUCCUGCCUUCACCAAGGCUGCCCAGGAUGGAUGGGGCCCACCCUCAGCCAAUAUCCCCCAGCCCUGGGGGGGUCUCAUCCUCUGCUCUGAGCCGCAUGGGUGCUGUCCCUGUAAUGGUGCCCGCCCAGAGUCAGGCUGGGUCUCUGGUGUGAUGGUUGAGCCACUCACUGGCUAAGCUAUCUGGUUUCUCUCCUUCCUACAGGGGUCACCCCUAGCACAGAGGCCAGGGUCUUGGGAGAGUCUUCCAGACCUCUGGUCCUCUGCCCCCGCCUUUAUUUACUAAGGGAAAACUGAGUCUCAGUUAAGACCCAAACUUCCAGGAGGUAGAAGGAGAAGGAGAAGCGGACCUGGGAUUAGGAAGAGCCUCCACUCCCUCUUGGGCCUCUCUAGGACUGCAGCAGGCUGCUGCUGAGAUGGCAACCAUCCCCACCCCCAUCCUCAGGGCCUGGUAGGGACUGCCAGUCCACCAGUCCUCCGGGCCCCCUUGGUCUGUACCCCACCCCAUCUAACAUCAUCCUUCACUCCCAUUCCAGCUCCCUGCAUUAAGGUAACCUGUCCUGCUGGCUUGGUUGGGUUUUGUUGGGGCAGGGGAUAAGGAAGAUAUUUUUUAAACUAACUUGAAAUGCAUGGUUUUGUUUUUAUUUUGCAAAUUUCAAUAAAGAUACGUUGUGUUUGUAUGGAAA